AUGACCGGAUCCGUAUCAGGCGAAACACAGUUGGACAACGUGAAGACGACCGGAAAAUGCGACAAGCCGACGCCUGAAAAGUCGGCGCAGCAACCACCUGCCGGUCCUGCUCCCGACAGCUCCCCUGGGGACGAGACUAGCUCCAAGAAGACGACUCUUCUUCCCCCGUUAGUCGUGGUCGUAGAGCCGUCUGAUAAAUCUGCGGUGUCGAUAACCGAUCGGGAGAGUCUGACUCUUCCGCGGUCCGGCGGUGCCUGCAAGAAGAAGCAACUCCAUCACUCUAGCAAGGGUCCCUGGCCCGACGCGGACGGGCGCAGUCCUACCUCUCUCUCCACGGGCGGCGGAAUGGAUCCCGUCUUCGGGGUCCUGGCGGGCGACGAGCGCGGCUUCGACGACAGCCUCGGGGCUAGAUCGGAGCUAAGUGCACCCGGAUCGGCUCGCAGUAGACGCAGACGCGACGUUAGAGCCUUCGGUACGCUGGAGCGAGCCACCAGCUACACCAGCCUGGCCGCCACGCCGCCGAGACCGACGUUUCGCUCGGCCAACUCGACCCGGCCUUCCCCGGCGCCUCCCUGCACUACGACUCAGAUGGACUUUUGCCGUCACCCAGUCCAUCCAGCCACCACGGUUUUCUCGUCCGCGGGCUCUCGCCUUGCUCGCGCCGGUACCCCGCGCCGCAACAACCCACACCCCGUCGGCCUCCACUUUCAGAGCCCAUACAACAGAGAUGGAAAGACAUUUGAGGUCUGGAAUCCAGACGAAAACAUCGUUGCUAACGGGUUGCCGCAGAUGUGCGAACAUAGAGAGAAUGUCAAUUUCACCAGUGGCAAGAUGACCAACCCACCAACCAAUCACGGUGGUGGCGGUGGUGGUACAUCCCCCGGCAGAGCCCCCGGAGGCCCGGGGAGAUCGGUCUACCAACAGUCCUACCGCUCGCCCCAGGGGCUGACCGACUACGAUCGCCGCAUGCCUACCACACGAUUUGGCAGCACUCUAAACAGAGCUGCAGCCGCUGGAGUUGGGGCAAAUUUUUAG